UCUAUUCUGCAACCAUAAUAAAAUGUUGACAAUUUCACAUUUUUCGUGCAGCUGUGAAGAAUAUUAGGAAAACAUGUUGAUUUUAACAAUAUGCAAAUACACAACAUAGAAAUAAGCAGAGCUCUCUUGACAGAUACGAUUUGAAAUUAAUCAUUACAGUACAAUCUUCUACACAAUGAUAUAGCGCGUUCCAGUCGCCUCAGUUUUUGUCCCUCUUGGCGCUGGGGCUCCUCCCAUUUCCCCGGACCAUGUGAGUUGUUCACCGGUUUGUUUGGUGUUGGAAGAGCAGCCACCUCACGGAUACAGCCAGCUGGAGUUUGGAGAGUAAAGCAAGCAGCAGACUACAGAGACUCAAAGCUCAGUAGAGCUGUCAGGAGCAUCAGCUAGGCGUCGAGCCGAUUGAAACCACAGAGACUCAGUGAAGAGACGCGUUUAGUAAAACAAGAAAGAAAGAUGCCGAAGGAGAAAAGUCAGAGGCGGCCAGCGCUGCAGUGCACCAGGCUAUGAGAAAGGAAGUUAAUUGAACAUUGAAGAUGGGUUCGUGCUGAAGACUGAAAAAAAGUUUCUGCUUUCUCGUGCACCUGCUCACAACUGCGAGGAUGUUGUUCCAAUGAAGCUGUGAACGGAAAUACUGUGAAAGUGGUGCACCGGCCUCAAACAAAACUGUAACGUCUAAACAAAACACAGUGCAUACUGACAGACGUAAACCGCAGAUUACAGAUGAAGUAUGGAAAUAACCUAUAAAUAAUACCCGACACAGAUCUGACAGCAAAACAAUUUUUUAUAUGUUUUUUAAUGGCAAGUAGAUGUAGCUUUAAAGAACUGUUUAAGUAAAUUACGAAUUUUGACAAAAAUAUAACUGACCAAACCUCAGCACGAAAUAUCGUUCUUGUGUGCGUUGCUUUCUGUUUACCGCUUGGGACAUUGUCAAAGCCGUUUAGCCCAUGACAGGUGUCAUCUGGCUCGCGGGGGACGGUGACAGCUUGACGAUGGGCAGGAGUGACACCGGAGGUAACAGCAUGAGGGCUAGCAGUGAGAGGGUCGAGUCACUCAAGUGUGUCACCAGACUUCACGGCAUCGCCGGCUGUGAUGACAGCGACAUUCUAACAAGAUCAUUCGAGUCGAGCUGUGAGCAGACGGAGGUCGAUACAGCCUCGUCAGAUAACCAGUCCAGGCCAGCCAUGGUGAAGAAACACCAGCAUAAACACAACCUGAAACACAGGUACGAACUACUGGAGACGCUUGGCAAGGGGACGUAUGGAAAGGUGAAGAAAGCAGUGGAGAGGGCGACUGGCAAGACCGUUGCCAUUAAAUCCAUUCGAAAGGACCGGAUCACUGAUGAGCUUGACAGGGUUCACAUUCAGAGGGAGAUUGAAAUCAUGUCAUCACUCAGGCACCCCAACAUCAUCCGCAUUAAUGAAGUCUUUGAAAGCAAAGAUAAAAUCCUCAUUGUUAUGGAGAAUGCCAGCAGGGGGGAGCUGUAUGAUUACGUUAAUGACCGACACUGGAUCCCAGAGCCAGAGGCACGCCGCUUCUUCAGACAGCUCACUUCAGCAGUGCAUUACUGUCACAAGAAUGGAGUCGUUCACAGGGAUCUGAAACUGGAGAACAUUCUUCUCGAUCAAGACUACAACGUUAAGCUGGCAGACUUUGGCCUGUCAAACCAUUUCAAGAAGGAGCAGGUCCUGCAGACUUACUGUGGGAGUCCCCUCUACGCCUCACCGGAGAUCGUCAAUGGACUGCCUUACCGGGGGCCUGAGGUGGACUGCUGGGCUCUAGGUGUCUUACUUUACGCCCUGGUGUAUGGAAGCAUGCCCUUUGACAAUGCUGACUACAAGACCCUGACGGAACAGAUCAGCCGUGGCGAGUAUAGGAAACCCCACCAGCCUUCAGAUGUUUGUGGGCUGAUCGACUGGAUGCUAACAGUUAGCACAGAGGAUCGAGCGACUAUAGAAGAUAUCGCAAACCACUGGUGGGUAAACUGGGGCUACGAUGAGUCAGUGUGUGACUGUCCCUCUCCAUUACUGGCACGCUACAUCGAUUGGCAGAACCGACCCAUUGUGCAACAACCCAGUAGCACACCAGAUCUUCAGCUUUAUUUUAGCUUCCCUCUGCUUCACACCUCCAAGGGUGAGCAGGCAACUUGCUUGAAAAAGUCCAAAAAGGAGAAUGACAUAACUCAAUCUCAACAAAGAAUCUUCAGCAGAACAUCAGACAAGAAGCCAAAAGGGAUCCUGAAAACGAGGAGCAGUUUUGAUUCUGCAUUCCUUCCUUGCACAAUCUCUCAGCUAUGCACUCCAGAGAAUCAGGACAAGCAAGUCCCAGUUGCAAGCUCAGGCAGGCCAAAGGCUCUCCCUAAUCAUGGUAAGACACCAGUGUCAUCCAAAAUGCCAAAGAAGGGGAUCCUCAAGAAGCGCUACCAAAGGGAGUCAGGGUAUUCUUCGUCUCCAGAGAGGAGUGGUUCCCUGGACAGCUCAGGCAAGACUGAAGUGAAGCAGCCAGGGGAGGAUUCCCAGCCAACAGGAGACGUAGUGCUGCGGAGAAAGGGGAUCCUCAAACACAAUGGCAAGUUUUCUGCCAGUCUAGAUCUGCCCGACGACAUCUCAGUGCUCAAGCUCUCCGAGUCCCUGGAACACUUGAUCCUGUCCAGCGGGUGUAGCAGGCAGCAGCAGGAAGCUCAGGCUCACAGCCGACCGCACAGCGUCAUCAGCGACGACAGCCUGCUCUCCAGCGACUCUUUCGACCUUCUGGACUUGGCUGUGGCUAAAAACAAGAGGCGCCUCUACGCCCAGAGCAGCCAACACAGCCUUUCCAGCUCUGAGGAGGAGCAAGAGGACUCACAGGCAGGAGGGAAGGUGAGGGAGGGGAGAGUCGAAGAAAUGACACUGGAGGAGAGAAAGGAAGUCUACUGUCAAGCUCAGAAGAUAUGUGAACACUUAUAGUACUGGAUUCUAACCUGGCUCAGUUUACCUGAUUGGAGGGAAUGUUCUUCCCAGCAUAAUGGAACGGUACACUCUAGACCCUAUUCUGAAGCAUUUUCCAAGAGGAAUAAAACUAUAACUAUAGCAAGGAAGUCAUAAGAUGGAGAAGUAGUUCCUUGCUAGUUUUAUAUCAUUAAAAUAAUUUUAUUCCUCUCUGAAAAUUUCCACUGCCUUGAAAAUAGGGUACUGUGUUAUGUACCAUAUUGUAAGCCACAGACCUGCAAACUUUCAGUUUUAGUUCCCUUGUUAUGCCAGGACAACACUGAAAAUAUCCAUGUGAUUGCCAAGAGACAGCCGUUAGAAAUAGUUGACGCCAGCUAAGAUGGUGACUUCAAAGUAAAAUCAAUGUGCAUUUCUCCUGUAGUUGCUACUCUAAGGAUCUGUCUUAUUAAAAAUUUGGCUGGAAUUGUUUCGCUCAAGAGUUCACUGUCUGAAAGAGCCCAUGUAUACUGGAAUGUAACUGCUAUAGAAGGAAGCCUAGCCAUAUGGAAACUAGGCAUAGCACUUAUUUAUUUUUACAGCUAACUGCUUGUACCCAGUCUUACAGCCGGGAUGGAACUGAGACGCAAAUAGGACAACAGCCUCACACAGCAUCCUCUUUGCUAAAGUUUGUGACAUGCAUAGAAAGCUGCGAAAUACAUGCAACAUUGUUUAUAAGCACUACUUUGAGCCCAGUGGCAAGGAAUCCAUAUUCACACAUGUACUGUGUGCAGCAUUGUAAAUAAUUAUUUAAACACCCAGACAAACAGCAUUCUAGAUUCCUAUUCAAAUAAUGCAGUAGAAGCAUUUUUAGGGUAAUUGGUCUGGUUUGGUUCACCUUACCCUUACCUUACACCUCCACUUUACCUAACUUCUAGGUUUUCCUAACAUUGAAGCAUUUCUGCAGGUGCAACACUGUAGACCGGCCCCCUCCUCUGUGUUGUUCUGCAGGCAGUCGCUCAAUUUGUUCCUUUACAAUUGAAAUGGUAGUGGAGCUGUUAAAAGGCAGAAAAAACAUUAGCCCCUCUUCAAACGCAAAAGAUCUUAUUAAGCAUAGAAAAAAGGCUGAGAUGUUUUAACUGUGAAAUUGGGUUCGAAAUAUUUUGAAUAUGAUCUUAAAAGAUAUCAACUGAAAAACAUCUUUAACAUCUAUGGAUGUCUUAAAUGGUUUUGCUACAUCUCAGUAGUUCAUUUUGUUGUCCGUGCCUGUGUUCUAAGCCGUGCUUCAUUAUACACAUCUCUGCUCACGCAGAAGGAGGAUGCAGAUAAGUGCCAUGCUGGUUAGGGGAUUGCAGGACUUGUAGCUCAUAGUAGUUGAUAGGAAAGAUACAAUAUCAUAUCAGCAGACACAUGUCUUUUGAAAGCACUUUGUAUUUUGUAACUUGUCAGUUACCAAACUGACACAUUGCAAGAGUUUACUAAGCAACUGCUGAAGUGUAAUGUUUGCACCAUUUUUCUACUAAAAUAAAAUUGUCACAAAAGCUAUAAAAAGGAAGGUAGCCAUGAACAGUGCCUGAAGGAUACAGAGCAGCGAGAGUAUCCAAUCUCCUAUGUACAGAUAACAUAGUCUGGCCAGUACUUAAGUUCUCCCAUGCUCCUACACAAUUGCAGAAAUGUAGUACAGGGGGGAUACCCAUUUCACUAUGUAACACAAUUUUUGUUCCUGGGUAGUAAGUGUUAUUUCCUAAUUGCUUAUGCCUCAA